AUGGUGAUGGAACAUCUGGAUUUCGCGAAGACACACAAAUCGAAGCCUCAGGGUAAUCUCGAUAGCGCGACGAAUGAGCCGAAAUCCAGUGUCACGGGCAUGGCUACGUUGACAUACGCGGAAAUGCGCGCGCACAAGCAUACAGAGAACCCCCGUUGCGCUUGUCACGACAUCGAGACUAUCCUUGCUCUAGUCCCCGAAAAUCAACAAAGCCAGUUUGUGCGUGUGUAUCCUCGCCCUCAGCCAAGGUAUGCUCAGUAUCCUACCGGCGUCUCCAUGUUUCGUGAGGAACUGGACAUGGAGAUGACAGUGCCUCGUCAGGACUCUGCCCAGCAACCCCGGCCUUCGCUCGAUAGUAUGAUUAUGGCUCCCAUGACAGCUGAAGAGUAUACUGGAAGUCGUGGUGUAGAGCCUGACAAGAAACAGAACGAGCAGUUUUGCAUACCAAAAGUGGCCGACGCUGUCUCUACCUUCUUUGCACAAGCUCGUAGAGCGGUACGAUUCAGACCAGCGCUGCUGCCGACACCUAUUGAUGACGUACCAGCUGCAAAGAACCGACUGCCUAAGCCAUGUGGUGAUGAAACGCUAGAGGAUGUUUCUACAUCGCAGCUUUCUGCUCAGGUUACAGUAAAACUUCAGCGUUGUAAUGCUGUACGGUACCGAACCAAUCGUCGACCAAGACUAAAGUCACGCGCUCAGAAGUAUACAAAUCUUGGAUAUUGCCCUGGUAGUGAAGCCGAUGAGUACGAUCUGUCAGCACCAGUUGCAGUGCAACAGACUGGUCAUGCUCCGAUAACAAAGAAACGACCACUAACCAAGCAAUCGCGGAAGCAGAGUACUAAAGGUACUACUAUCUUUGAAGCCCCUCCUAAACAAUCCCUGUACCAUCCAAAGCGUCCAGACUCUCCCUUUCCAGGACCACAGCAACGAACAAAGCUACCAGUGACAUCAAUAAAGAAGGUCUGUAAGUAUCAGCGUCACGACGCUGCCUCGGUGAAUCGUCCUCAAAGGCAUACGCACACUAACGAGGCCGCAAACAAACCUCGUCCUCCACCUCUGCGUGGUACAAAGGAUGUGCUUUCCAUGGCUGACAAGCCAGGUUUGCCGCCCCUCAUUCAGCGUAAUGAGUACCUUCUGUGGCAAGAUCUCGGUGUUUUGAAGACCACUUCAGGCCCAGCUUUGACUUCGCUAUCGACAAGUCGCCGAAACUACGCAGCAACUGAUUUUGGUAUGUCAGACCACGUUUCAAAGGACACUCUAGAAGCUGUUUCUGCAUCUCGAAGAUUCUCUCUGGAAAGUGCUAGUUCGGUUUCGCAAUCUUCAGGCUACCCAGCAACUGAAGCCAGCGUACCAGAUGACGUUUCCGAUGGCAUCCCAGAAGCCAUUCCAGCAUCUCGACGAUUCUCGUUGGAUGACUACAUCAUCCCAGAGGUAGUUCCAGCAAGCUACCGCUUUUCCAUAUCAGAUAGUGGUUCCGAGACUGUUAAAGUUGAGCGUCGAUUGUCAAUCGAUUCAAGGUUCUCGGUAGGUUCAUCUACGCAUGAAGCUGACUAUGCCUACGAAAACCACACCAGUGCUGGAGAAAGAACCGAUGGAGACGACCAUUACGCAUAUUCAGAUGCUUUAGAUCCGGAACCACCGGUAAUCCGUGGAGCGUCGGUCUGUAGUUCAUCUGUACGUUCUUUCUCAGAAGAAAACCGUCCAAGCCUUGGAUACUACGAGUACGCGGUACCGUCAGUACCCGAUGUCAUGUCUCCAGUUGAUACUCAUUCAGAAAGUGAUUCCGACUCUUCCAUUGACCAAUCCCUCUUUGCAGACUUUGAUGGGGAUCACUUUGACACCAGCACUCCCUCGCUGAGCAGCGACACCGAGACCCUACCGUCAAAUUGUUAUACAACUAGGUCGGACAAUGGCUACCGCCAAAGCUCUCUAGAGGGUGCGCGACACUCAUUUCGGCAGAGUUUAGGAAAGGCUUCGCAGUUCAAUCGGGCGAGGACCUUUGAUAUACGGCGCUCGAACUCAUAUUGGAUAGAUUAG